AUGAAAAAUGAUGUAGUUGGUUGGAAACACUAAAUGAGUUGAUAUGCUUUGAUCAAGCUUAGACUCCGUCCCUAGGACAAUGUCAGGUUUAUGGAGAUGCAAUAAUGCUUGGAAAUGGCUGGAGCGAAAAGUUCCUUUACGGCCAUUACAAUUAUCAUACCUUUAGACAUUUUUCCUUUUUGACUCUUGAUAUUCUUUGUUUUCUAAUGUAGGUUUAGAUGGUGGUAACUGUCUUUUGGAUGGUUUAGGACUAGAGGUUUGUUUUGGUUGAAAGGAAACAAUAGUGGUGGAAAUGUUUACAUGUGUAGUUGAAUCUGACAGGGAUUUAUCGAAGGAAUCUGCUAGGCCACAAAGCGGCGAAAACCUGUUGGUAUUGGUAUUAUCAGCAUAUAAAUCAAACAGGGAACUGGAAAAAUUCAGUAAACCGCAAUUAUCACAUUCCCACACACACGAUGAAUUAGCCAGAGCUUCGUAUAUAUGAACGUUCAUCUUCAUACAUUGCACGUGGUACCAAACAUCACACAAAUCACAUUCAAUUCCAUGUUGAUUUGCCUUAACCAGUUUCGAACAUAUUCCACAUGGGUCCUUGAUUGCUCCGGGAUUUAGUUGGAUGUCUCCACAGAGAAAUAAUAGCGAGAUAAAGAUCUUAGUCAAUAGAGUUGGAUUUCUUUUCGAGUCUUGCUCGAAGACAUCAGUUCGUAGACCUUGUGCUCAAGCUAAGCCAACCUGAACAGGUGUCACUGAUGCAAAUGUAAUAAAAACAUCUCCAGGUGGAACAUUGCGUUGUUUAUAGCAUUCCUUGUUGAAUGUAGAAAGACCAAAAGCAAAAAAUAUAACAAAACAUAUGAUCAAAAGUGGAGCAGUAAAUUUUGUGCCCGCCAUGUUUGGUGUUUCCACUUAGGGGAAGCUCUGCAGCUUAAUGGGUUAAUUGACAUAGUGUGGUAUAACCCAUUGAGCCGCAAUGUGCCCUACUUUUUUUUACUUGUCUAACACAGACGAUUUUACUUGUUAAAAGGGAAGCCCUGCAGCUUAAUGGGAUAAUUGACAUAGAGUGGUAUACAUUCUGAUAAAAUAUUUUUUGUCAUUGUGAUAGGCUACCUACGAACCGAGCCAAAACACAUUGUGUUUUUAUCACAGCUCUAUUAUUGUUCAGGUUUUGCCAAUCCUCUCAUUGAAACAAGAGAAGUCGGUGCCAAGGCUGUCGUCACAAUCGUUUUCAGCAAUCCAAAGUGCCCCAAAAAGCUAACAACUUGGCAUAGCCAACCCAUGAUGCCUGGAACAAAAAUCGCAGAUGGGAAUUUUCUGUUGUGUAUGACUGUUCUACUUGCUGGUAAUUCUAUAUCAAAAGCACGACAAGUGUUUUUGCACAUGGGCCUUGGAUGUGUUUCUUUGAACACAUAGUUCAUUACCAAAGGGUUUGUACAUAUAGAACAUUUGCAAACAUUUUUUAGGAAAGACUUGCAUAUUGAGCUUAUUAACCUAACUCUUCAUGUUGCCCCCCUGCCUCAAAACAUUAUGUGACUGAGGGUGGAUUAGCUGUAUGUUCUAUGUGCAAUAAUUUGUUUUAGACUAUGCUAUUUCCAAGUAUUUAUCUUCACUGGAGAAAAUAUCAGAGCAUGUUGAUAGAGACAGCUAGAAAUAUCAAGGGAGGUGUGGUGUUGGCAGGAGAUGGCCGCCACAACAGUAUGGGACACUCUGCAAAGUUCUGUACAUACACAAUGUUUUGUUGCACUUUGGGGAAGAUCAUAUAUUUUGAUCUUGUACAGGUAAGCUGAUUGAUGAUUCACUGAAUUCAUUGUAAGUGGGUAGGAGAAUUGCAACAUAUACAGUUUAGUUGUUGUUUCCUAUUGUUAUGUCAUUUAAAUCAUGCAUGGACUAUCUUAUCAAGAAAGGGCUGGCCAUUACAACUUUCAUCUCAGACACACAUCAGUUGCUAAAUACAUGAGAUCAGUGUUGUCCAAGAUUACUCACUAUUACCGGACCUAAUCCCCAAUUGGUAUCAUAUGUAGCUGUAAAUUAGCCUUUCUCACAAUGAGAAAGGCUAAUUGCCGUUAACCAAUGCAAACAAUAUGAAAAGCAAUUUUUCAAAAUAAACUAACUAUUGACAAAGCAAAUUUACCAUCAUUCGUCGAAAAAGUUAUAAAAAGUCACUGUUACCCUGUUAUGUGGACUAAUUUUGCAGACUUAGGCUGAAAAUGCCAAAAAUGGUGGUGUGGGAAAGGCUAAGUAGUGACUAAUAAUUUGACAGUUGUAUCUUCAAAAUUUUGUGUUGAUAUCUUUAUCUGUUUUAAGAAAUACUAAAAGUGUUGUUGAAGAUCACUAAAGAAAAAGAUUGCAAAGCCCUAAAUGAAUGGAUUAAACCAUGCGAAAACCUUCUGCAAUGGAGUGCAACAUCAACAUUCAAUGGCAAUGGGUUGGUCAUAUCAGCAAAAUGUCGAUCAUUUCUACGACAUGUUGUGAACAAGCAUUCUGACCACAGUGAUCCACUUUUCAUCAAGUGUUCACAUGGCAGUGACAUUCCAGACAGAAAGUGGUUAAAACCUGGUAAGCAAAACUGGUUAUAGUAUUCUUAUGUAGCUGUGUGUUGCUUGGGAUAUUACCCUUGAGUGGAGAGAUUAUGCAUGCUUGCUUUUUAAAGUGCAUAUGACAUGAAAUGUCUUAUUUUCUUAAAUGAAAGAACUCUUUAAGUUGUAGUGUAACUUAUUUUUCAGUUUCUUGUUUUUAUGGUUUGUUCCCGAGAUAUUUCAAUUUCUUUGAUAUGUAAAUGAGUGUGAAUAUGUCCGCUAACUUAUGACGUCACGUUGGUUGCAAGCUCAACUUACACUGGUUAUAAAUGUAUUAACUCUAAAAACUGUUGAUAACAGUUCGCGUUUUUCUCAAGUGUUUCAUCACAUUUACCAGUGAGUAAAUCUUGGAUAAUAGCAAUGAUAUUCAACCAUUUUGAAGAGCUUGCAAACAAUAUGACAUCAUAAAUUAGCGGAUAUAUUCACACUCAUUUACAUAUCAAACAAAUUGAAAUAUCUCGGGAACAAACCAUAAAAACAAGAAACUGAAAAAUAAGUUACACUACAACUUAAAGAGUUCUUUCAUUUAGGAAAAUAAGAAAUUUCAUGUCAUGCACUUUAAAUCCUAUUUUAUAGAUUCACAGCUCUAUGAGAAAGUCUCUGCUGCACCUACCAACCAAAGACUGAUAAAAAGCAUUCAACAGGCUUCACCAUUAGACCAGACAAGUUGCCUUGAGAGAUUCCACAGUGUCUUAAAUCGAUUUGCCCCUAAGAUGAUAGCAUACUUCUAA